AUGGCUGGUUCCAAAGACAAAGAAGACUCAGGAUCCAAAUCGGUUACGACCGAUCAGAAGGCUCUUUACUCGGUUUAUUCGGUAACGAAUAUUCAAAACAAAGUUCGAACCCUAGACGGUGUCAAGGUUACCUAUACUUCGUGGGUAAAACUCUUCAAACUUCAUGCUAAAGGCUAUGAAGUACUCGACCAUAUUGACGGAACGGAACCCCCAGCAAAAGAUGAUGAGAGUUACGACUCUUGGGCCAAGAUCGACGCGAUCGUGUUGCAGUGGAUCUAUGGUACGUUGUCCGAUGAUCUUUUGGUCCGAAUCCUUGACUAUGAAACCACAGCCCAGCAAGCUUGGAACAAGAUCCAGACGAUUUUUCAAAACAACAAAAACUCGCGGGCAUCGUCUCUCAUGCAUGCGUUUACAACAACCACAUUGGCCUCCUGUUCGUCGCUCAAUGAUUACUUUCAAAAGCUCAAAGACAUCGCUGAACAACUCAGCGAUGUAAACCAACCCGUUACUGAAUCAAGGCUGGUGCUUCAGAUGGUUCAAGGCCUCCCGCCGGAGUUCGAUACCACUGCUCAGUUUACUAAUCAAUCCAACACUUCGUGGGAUGAUGCUCGGGAUAUGAUUGAUCAGGAACAACGAAGACAAGCGGCUCGACAACAACACUCAGCUUUCGCCGCUCCACGCACGGGUCAGACAGCAGGUAAUGCCGCCCCUCCUCUGCCGCCUCCUGCCGACGGUACUGCCGCCCCUCCUCCACCGGUUCACCCAGCUCAACAAUUUGAACCAUAUGGCUACCGCCAGAAUACCAGGGGUCGCAGACGUGGUGGUCGUGGUUACCAGGGCGGUCGUGGUCGCGGUCGUUACAACCAGGGAAAUUAUCAGCAAUGGCAGCAACAAGGCUCUUAUCAACAGCCCAACACCAUGGCCCAGCCGCCACUGGCCCAAGCAGCGGGCUCCCCCUCGCCGGGCUAUGGCUGGUGGCCCACUCCGCCACCGUGCCCUUACCCGGCCCAAUCCCCGUGGCAGUCCAACUGGACCCGACCCGCUGCACCGGCUCCACCGAACCAACCCCUGCUGCAUAUCCGCCUCCACCGAACCAGUCAACAGCCGCUCCCGGGUACGGUCUCGUAG